UCCUGCCGCUCCUUUUUCUGCCAUGGACAGUUUCAACUUCUCCACCACAGUGGCUGUUUGGGAAGAGAAUUCAACAACUUCGGGUACAGCCUUUCUUUCUGGAAAUUUAUCCCUAGCUUCUAGUCUGGGCCUAGAUAUUAGUGGUGUCCUUAUUCCCCUGGUAUAUCUCAUUGUCUGUGUUGUAGGACUAGCUGGAAAUUCUCUAGUCAUUUAUGUGGUUUUGUGCCAUUCAGUUAGUGAAUCAGUGACUAACAUCUAUAUCUUCAACUUGGCACUGGCAGAUGAACUCUUUAUGCUUGGCCUACCCUUCUUGGCAGCACAAAAUGCUUUAUCAUAUUGGCCUUUUGGCUCAUUUAUGUGCCGUCUAGUAAUGGCUGUGGAUGCCAUAAACCAAUUUACUAGUAUUUUCUGCCUCACCGUGAUGAGCAUUGACCGCUAUCUAGCUGUGGUGCACCCUGUGAAAUCCUCAAAAUGGCGGACAGUCCGAGUCGCUAAGACUGUCAGUGCCACUGUGUGGGUAAUCUCAUCUGUGGUCGUGCUGCCUGUGGUCGUGUUUUCAGAAGUCCCUCAUGGUAUGAGUACAUGCCACAUUAAAUGGCCUGAGCCUGCUUCAGUAUGGAAAGCUGGUUUCAUCAUCUACACAGCUACACUCGGCUUCUUUGGGCCACUGCUGGUUAUCUGCUUGUGUUACCUGCUUAUUGUUGUCAAAGUUCGUUCAUCAGGCAGAAAGGUGCAAGCACUGACAGCUAAACGCAAACGCUCUGAACGGAGGAUCACACGCAUGGUAGUAAUUGUGGUGGCAGUCUUUGUACUCUGUUGGCUACCUUUCUAUAUGCUCAACAUCAUCAACGUCAUCUGGACUUUGCCUGAGGAACCAUCACUCUUUGGAAUUUACUUUCUGGUUGUUGUCCUGCCCUAUGCCAACAGUUGCACCAAUCCUAUCAUCUAUGGCUUCCUCUCCUACCGAUUCAAACAGGGUUUUCGCAAAGCCAUCUUGAGACCCUCCCGCCGAGUACAGAACCAAGAGGUAGCCAUGGCAACCACUGCAGAUAACAUGGAAGAAGAGGAAGAGGGGGAGGAGGAAGAAGAGGAAAUGUUAGCUAAAGUAAAGGAGAUCAGCAAGAUUACCCAAAAUGGUAAUGGAGGACAGCAAGAGAGUGAACCUGCCAGUGAGCCAGGAAAAGGCAGUGAACACAAGCCAAAUUCUGAAGAGCCCAUAAGUUGUGAGAAGCCCAACAUAGUUAACAUCAGCUGUUUAUAG